GCGCUGCUGGACGGGGUGUUCGCCUUCAUCCUGCUGGACACCGAGAAGAAGAAGGUGUUCGUGGGGAGAGACACGUACGGAGUGAGGCCGCUCUUCAAACUGAGCACAGACGACGGGUUCCUGGCUCUCUGCUCAGAGGCCAAAGGCCUCACAGAGAUCACUCAUGCCAUGCCGUCUCCUGCCAGCAUCGAACCGGUCCUCCCGGGACACUUCGAGGAGUUCGACCUGAAGCAGAACGGGAAGGUUAGCUCCGUUCAGAUGGAGGAGUUUCACUGCUGCACCGACGGGCCCGAGCACGCUGUCUGCGACUCGCUGGAGGCGCUGCCAUCAGGUUUUGACGAGGAAACGGUGAAGAGCAACAUCAGGACUCUCUUUGAGAACGCAGUGAGGAAACGCCUCAUGGCUCAGAGGAGGAUCGGCUGUCUGCUGUCAGGUGGGCUGGACUCCAGUCUGGUUGCAGCCACUCUGAUGAAGCUGGCUAAAGAGGAGAACCUGCAGUAUAAAAUCCAGACUUUCUCCAUCGGAUCAGAGGACAGUCCGGACAUCCUCGCUGCUCGAAAGGUCAGGAGCACACAGACAGGCUUUAGAAAGGUUCACAUAAGUUAAAGUGGACAUAUUAUUCUAUAUUGGAAACAUAUAUUGUAGGGCCAUACCUAUACAAAACAUGUCUGUGAAGUUUUUUGCUUAAAAUA